GUUUUUGACAACAAUUUAUGCCUAUAUUAGCCAGUAUCUAGCCAAGCAAAUAAUUAUAUAUGUGCAAAAAGUCAACACAGCACAAAAAUGCACGCGAUGCAUUCAUAAAAAGAAACACCAGCAGUAAUAACGAUAGUUUCCUUUCUCAAAAACAUGAUGCCCUGCAGAGAUCUUCCAGCUGUCGCAUAAUGUACCUUACCAAAAGUCACCCAUGAAUGAAUGCUUUCCCUCGACGAAGUUAUCUCGUUUAUAGGAUCACUUUUCGUUUAGCCUAUAUCGUUCUAUUUCGCUAUAUUUCUAUUUUUCUAUAUUUUUAGCUAUUUUCAUCCCGAUUUCAAUUGCUUUAGCAAAUGAGGUUAUUUGCUGUUGUCUGCGGUUGUUCAAUAAAUAGCGAAAGAGGAAGAUGGAAUUCGAAGAGAGUAUCGAGGCUAUAAUUGCCUUUCUCCCGUUUUUUCUAAUAUCAUCGUUCUUUCGAACUGAGCCAUGAGCUCAUAUCGCAGCUUACCGCCUCCAUAUCUCGAACGGCACGUUGAUUAGUAUCGCAUAUUUCGCAUCAGAGACGCGUCGCUACAGCUAUAUCUUCGAUUAAAGAAUAUGCGAAAUAGAUAAGGCCAACGCAGAAAAAAAGAGCAGAAGGCGUUGUCCCUUCCGUUAUGCAUCGUAUUGACUGACAGUCUCCUUCAUAACUGGUUGGCCGGUCACGUGUUUUCCAGCCAUCAACAUGAGUGUCGUCGAUGACUUAAUCGGCCUUGAUGGCGCAGCAUUGAAGCUGUUGUAACAAAUUGUUCUCGCCAAGGUAGCGAUGGUGGCAGACGCACGCCUCACCACUGCUUGCAGCGGUCACAGUAGCAGCGGGAUUAGCAACCAGUGGAUACCGAUACAGACACGACUAGAGCUAGCGCCGGCCAGAGCUCAUUCAUUCGCCAUAAGCAGCUAAUUGGCUGACACAUGGAGCUGUGCAGUCCGAUGCUACAUCGCGUUCGUGUGUUUACCCCGCCGUCAUGGGUUUCGAACCGGUCACAACCGACAAGCAGCAAUCUACAACUAGCUAAUAUCUAGUAAUGGCUAGAUGGAUGAAAUCCAUGGCUCACGCAGCGCAAAACGAUUUUCAGGUUAUCAUCAACGUCAACUAAUGUCUCGCGUCUGUCUUGUGUAGAUGACCGAGUCGAUGGUAUGCAUGGUGGGACAUAGACCAGUGAGUACUGCUGAUCGUUUGCAGCUGUGCUGCAGUUCAAUGUUGCGCUUUGGCGACUUGUUUGUUGUGUACAUUAGUCAAUGACGCACACAUACACACACUCAAACACAUGCACACAACACACGGGUGGACAGAUGGACAUACAGGCACAGACAAAGCCAAACGUUAUUAUUAUCAAGGCUACGUUCAGGUUCAACGAUAACAAGUCCUACGUGGCGUCUAGUCUAGUGGCUUUGUGUAAUCGUCAUUGUACGGCAGCUUCGUCUGGCCAUACAUUAGGAAAGAAAGAAGCCCAGAGCCACAAUCUGCGUCGCUGUGCUAAACACGCAGUUAACACGCCAAUUGUCCGUCUUUGCGGGCUGAUCCGCUGCUGCUGCUGCCCCACCGUGAGACUGAGGCUCGCUGUCAAAAUAGCCAGUUUUGGAAGAGGAGUACCAUGAGGAGGCAGCGUACGACCUGUCUUCCUGUGCGAGCCUAAGGUCGGUUGACGAAGUAGUGUUUAUGCCUGCUAAACAACGUCUGUGAAAUGAAGCCGUUGUAGUGGUGUUAGCUACAAACGAAAACGUUCUUUUCAUUGGUAUAGAACAAAUUAAGGUGGUAGAAAUAAUUUCAUACUUAACAGCAGUGUUAUUAUCUGGGUAGAAAAGUAGAUUGGACUCGUGCGACGGUGCACCGGUGUGGAAAUGCGUGGUUCCUACUCGGGCCUUACGAGCAAAUGCUAAUAUCAACAAACGGUUCCGUAAUCACAGUCCCUGAAGACUGUUUCGCAACUAAUCGUUUUUUGUGCGUGCCCACAGUAGAAGACAGAACGGAGUGAACUCGAAAAAGAUGACGUGGAUGAAGCACGCGGUGCCCGCUGGACUGGCAUUUGUUAUCUUUUUACCGCUGUUAGCUGUUCUGAAAUACAACAAGCCAACAGAGCAGUUUCAUAUCAAGGCACGGAGAGUGGCCGAUUUCCAAAAUGCUAUGGAGAAUGCAAUCUAUAUGGAUCAGAACCGCGAAAAUGAGCUUGGCGACGUGAUCAAUGCCUUACAGACACUUAACGUUAACACGAUUCUCAACACUACAGACACAGGUGUGACUACGAACGAAACGUGCAAAACGUGCUUCACACUGUUUCGUUCUGCAAGGGUAGCUAUGACACAAUUCACGCGGCGCGAGUUAAAAAAGAUGAGCGCGUUAGCGUGUUCCAUUUUUGCGGCCGACCUCGUCAGCCCUGACAUUUGCCAAGGCCUCAUUGAUCAGUACCUCGACUCGGUAUAUAACAUUGCCGAACGCGUAUUCGCAGCAAAGAUGAGCCAAAGUGACAUUUGUGGUUUGAUGUUUGGUCCCACCUGUGGACCAGUGACCGCAAAACAACACACCUGGAAAGUAAACCUGCCCAAGAAGCUUCGUAUGGGCGCAAAAACGAAUCAAACUUCUGCAACAAUGAAGAUUCUACAUAUAUCCGAUAUCCAUUAUGAUCCACGCUAUCGUCAAGGGGCCAUAGCCCAGUGUGACCGGCCUCUUUGCUGUCGGGAGCUGCCCGAACAGCAGAACCCGGAAUCGAACUUGCUACCAUUGGUAAUUUCAACGGAAUCGUCGAGUCUGAGCAACAAAAAUGCCGAGAAUCAGGCGGUCCGAAUCAGUACGGAGGUUUCGAUGUUAGCAGGCCAUUUUGGUGAUACACGUCACUGCGAUAUGCCGCUCGAGACGAUCGAAAGCCUCGUCAACGAUGCCGUCAGCAUUACCGAUAAGAUAUCUCACGUUUACCUGACGGGCGACAUCCCACCGCACGAUGUGUGGAAAUCGAAUAAAACGGAAUACUGGAACAUUACACGGACGGUCUAUCAGUUGUUAGCCGAUAAGUUGAGUUUUGACGUGCCAGUAUUUCCUGCCGUGGGAAAUCACGAGGCUGUACCUCCGAAUCUAUUUUCUACUGAGACUAGCAAUAAAACCUUCCGACAAUCGCUUCCCACUGUCAAAACUUUAGAGCUCUACGAAAGCUUAGCGGAUAUUUGGCAGGCCUGGCUUGCUGAUGAGCAACUGGUUACGGUGCGCCGCGGCGGCUUUUACGCCAAAACAGUUUCGCCUGCAUUAAAAGUGAUUUCGUUAAACACUAAUAUGUGUUACUACCUCAAUUUAUGGCUGUUAGCCGAUUCUCGCGAUCCUGCAGGACAGCUUGCGUGGUUAGUGCGAGAGCUCGCUGACAGCGAAGGACGAGGUCAAUUCGUCCAUAUUCUUGGUCAUGUGCCCCCUUCAAGUUUCGAUUGCAUCUACACGUGGAGUGAACAGUUCCUGAGAAUCGUCCAAAGAUUUAAUUCAACGAUUACCGGUCAAUUUUAUGGACACACACAUUUCGACCAGUUUAACAUGUUUUAUAGCGAAGACCGCUCGACGCCAGUCGGAGUAGCUUUCAUUGCCCCCAGCGCAACCUCUUAUACCUAUGUUAAUCCUGCGUACAAACUCUACACAUAUCGCAGCGAAGGUGUACUGUAUAACUCUACAACUCGAUCAUUUGAUCUGGCGAUGGCAAAUUCCAAAGGGUCAAUUAACUGGCAGGCGGAAUAUGAUGUACUGGGCGCAUUCGGAAUCGACGAUCUUAGUCCAUCAAGUAUGGAUUACUUGUCGAAAAAGCUUAACAACGAUCUGGAAUCGUUUAAUGCGUACUUCAGGUUUUAUCAUCGAAACAGCUCACACAGCCAUUGGGCCAAUUGUACAGAAACCUGUAGGUCGAACAUCGUUGCAGCAACAGCGACCGACGUUCACCACCAAGGGGCAGCGCGAUUUGUGCGACAGAAAAUCGACCUUUUGGAUUUAGCUUGUAGAAAAUAACUUAUUCUAAUUGUUGUGUAUUAGUACUGUUAAGAUUAAUAUUAUUGUUAUUAUGCUUAUUAUUAUUAUUGUAUCAUAGCUCUCUUUCCUUGUAUAAUUAUAUUAUCUGCAAAAAUGCGCAUAUAUAUAUGUCUGUUCAUAUGUAAGUAUUUCAAGCUUUUUAUGUAGCACUAUAGCGGAAAUACACUGAUUAUUUAGACAUGUGACAGCGUUUCUCAGACAAUGUAUAUUGAGUUCUCAAGUAAACGAUAGAUUUACGCGUCGCGUUAAGGGACAUAAUUACUGUCCCAAACUUAGCCGAACCAGGAUUAAUCCUAACAAUGAACUUAACUGUGCGCACCGUAUGCAAUGCUUGCCUUUUAUUAAGUGCUUACAUGUAUGGGCUAUUAUCUUGGAUUAUAAUGGGGGGUGAAUAUACCAAUGUGUGAGGGCAGCUUUAACAGAUAAACAAAAGAAAGAACAAAUAUAGGCUGUAUCUUAGAGAAUGUA